UCAGUAAUAGCUCCGUUAUAAAGCCGACGCUUGUAAUAUAUUAGCGCCAUAAGUUUUUUUUGAUUGGAAAGAUGCCGAAAAUAAAGAAAAAGCAAGAAAGUUCAUCGGCCGAUAGUGACAGUGGUCCAGAAGAUCGUAAUCCACCGGCUAGCAAGAAAGCCAAAGCAAAUGCCGGCAGUGCUGGUGCCGCCAAGUCAAAUGUAGCUGAUAGUGGAGAUGGUGAAAAUGUCUGGACAUUAGAAGGUAUGCGACAGGUACGCAUAAAUGAAUUCCGCAACGUGAAAAGAGUCGACAUUCGCGAAUUUUACCAAAAGGAUGGCAAAACUUUGCCCGGCAAGAAGGGAAUCUCACUGUCGGCAACCCAGUGGCGCAAGCUACUUGAUAUGGCGGACGAAAUCACACGCGCAUUGGAAGCAUAACAAAAAAAAACCAAUGCGCCGUAGUACUAAGAAUUUGUCUAUUAUAAAAAUUACACAGAUA